CCUCUCCCCAACCCUCACCCCAACCCUCUCCCCAACCCUCUCCCCAACAUCCCCUCACCCCAUCCCUCACCCCAACCCUCUCCUCAAUCCCCUCCC